AUGUCUGAUAUUAACGAUCCGAAUAGUAUAAGUCUCCCGGUGGGGUCUUCUUGUACUAGCAGAGGUGCAAGCACUGAGACGUUUACAACAAGUAGGUCGACGACCCUUUUCUCCUCACAACAAGAAUCAAAGGACGAAGGAAAUGUAGAGCUAAGGGAAUCCAUAACUCUUCCUACUAUCAACCACAGAGUGCUUCUAUCAUUAAAAGAAUCCGCCAAAGUAAUUGGAACUAAAGGUUCGACAAUUCAAAAUGUUAGAGAGAUCAACCAUGUUAAAAUUGGGCUUUCUGAAAAACAGCUGGGUUGUUCAGAUAGAGUUUUAAGUUGUGCUGGCAGAAUAAUUAAUGUCGCCCAUUCGUUAGGACAAAUUGUUUCGGUCUUGAAAGAAGGCUCAACAGUAUCGUCAGCUGAGAAAUAUGCAUUUCAUUUUCUAAAUCCAAUUCUACCACCGCCAACGAGGGACGAAUUUCAAGAUUUAACUUUAGAUGAAAUUAAUAAAAUUGGUACUUCAAGAUUAAUGGUAACUAAUUCUCAAUUAUCAUCGAUUAUUGGUAAGGGGGGUGCAAGAAUUAAAUCUCUGAAGGAAAGACAUAGAGUUAAAAUUGUUGCCUCCAGGGACUUUUUACCUGAUAGUGACGAAAGAAUCUUAGAAAUUCAAGGUUUACCCAAUGCAAUUACAAACGUUCUUUUACAAAUCAGCAAAAUAUUAUUGAAUGAACUAGAUAUCACUUUUGCGUCAGAAAGAAGGUAUUACCCCCAUUUACGUUCAUCCUCACCAUCCAAUGCUGUUUCAUUAGCAGCCUCUACAUCAGGUGUUCAAACCGGCGCUUCGAAUUAUCUAAACAAUGAAUUUAAAGCGACUUUAAAGAUUCCUGAAUCCUACGUGGGGGCUAUAGCCGGCAGACGAGGUAAUCGAAUUGCUAAUUUAAGAAAAUUCACAAAGACAAAAAUAAUUGUUGAAAAGAAAAUUGAUAAAACUGUAAUUGAUGUAGAUCCUGAUAAUCGAACAUUUAUUAUUUUAGGUGAUCACUUUAAAAAUGUCAAAUUAGCAGAAUCGAUGCUACUAAAAAACUUAGACGUGGAAAUUGAAAAGAGAAAGUCACGCUUAGCUAAAAAAUGA